GCUUUUUCGGGAACGAGCGUAAAGGCCCUGGGGAGCGCGGUUUCGCUGAAGCGAUCCUACCACCCUGCUGCAAAUAUAAGUGGGCCGCGCCCUCCCCCUCUUCCUGAAUAUUCAACACCGCAGCUUCAUCGGAUUCCUGGGUUCACUCGUUAUCCCCAAGAUCCUCCGAGUUCUUUCUUACCAACUAAAAAACUAAUUCAACUUUCGAGCCCUUUCGUUUUUUGUCACGACCUUUUUACUUCGAUAGUCAUUCCUUCCCUUCGAGGCGUUUAGCGGUCAUGAAGUUCUCAACUUUCGUGGCAGUGGCCACCUCGGCCGCGGUCACGCUUUUUUCAGCCGGUGCCGAAGCUCAGCAACCAGUCAGCGGCUUCUACCCCGUCCGUGGACCCAUCGUCUACGACAACCGCGUUGUGCGGCGAUUGCCGCUGCAGUACAUGGCCAGCGACCGGCCGGAUAUCUACAACAUGUUUGUGUUGGCAUUGACAGAUAUGCAGAGCAAUAAGCAGGAGACCGAUCCCCUCUCCUACUACCAGAUCUCUGGUAUUCACGGUGUGCCUUUUGUUCCUUGGCAGGAGACUUCCGUGGCCACGCAGGACGAUUCCACUGGAUACUGCACGCACACUUCAGUGCUUUUCGCCACUUGGCACAGACCUUUCCUUGCCCUGUUCGAGGAGCGUCUCCUCAAGCAUGCCAUCUACGUUGCGUCCAAGUUCACCGGUAGCUCCGCUGCACGGUACCAGGCCGCGGCCAGGAACGUCCGUCUGCCGUACUGGGACUGGGCCGCCGCCGACCUCCAGUCGCGCAUGCCGCCGCAGCUCACCGCCACCAGUGUGACCGUCGUCCGCCCCGGUACCGGUGGUGUCCCCCAGACCGUCAGCAUUGCCAACCCGCUCCGCGAGUACCGAUUUACCAACGCCAACCUCCGCGCCGAGUGGAUGGGCGACGGUGACUUCGGUCUGACCGACCGCACCCGCCGUCAGCCUCCCGUGAACAUGGCAUCCAGCAACAAUGCCGCCGUCGACGUCGCCAUGAACGAGGGUUUCACCUCGCGCAGGAACGCCGUCUUCGCCCUGUUCACCAUCCCCAGCUUCAGCGACUUCUCCGGAACCCAGUUGAACACCAACGGAAGCCCCAACGCCUGGAACUCGGUCGAGUCCAUCCACAACAGCAUCCACGUUCACAUUGGUGGCCAGCGCGGUCACAUGACGGCCGUUGCUUACUCUGCCUUUGACCCCAUCUUCUGGCUGCACCACUGCAACGUCGAUCGUCUGAUCGCCAUGUACCAGGCUGUCAACCCCGGUAGAGUCGUCGAGUCCCGCCCUGCUGCUGGCACUUUCCACAGACGUGUCGCCGACGGUAGCACCCUCAUGGAUACCAUUGACACUCCCCUCGCGCCUUUCCGCAAGACCACCGGUACCUACUACACCUCCCGUGAUGUCUCGUCCGCCGACUCGAUCUGGAACUUCGGAUACUCGUACAGCGAGGUCCCCGACUCCUUCCGUGGUAACCCCACCGGUCUGCGUUCGUUCACCAGCUCCGAGAUCAACCGUCUCUACAGCUCCGGCUCCACCAGCGCCAAGCGUGCCAACGAGCACACCCGCCGCGAGUGGAUCUGCCACAUGACGUACGAUAUCGGCGAGCUCAAGGACUCUUCCAUGAUCAAGGUUUACUUCGACAAGCCCCCGUCCACCAACGGCACCUACGUUUCGCCAGUUGGCACCGCCAUGCCUCCUAAGUCGACUGGCACCCCCGGCUCGUACGGCAACAGCACCUACGAGGGCCCCAUCAGCCACGAUGCCCACUUCGUCGGUUCCACCGCCUCGCUCAAGGACCCCAAGCACACCAUGACCAUGAACACCGCCGGUGCCGUCUACCUGAGCGAUGCCCUGCUCGAGGCCGGAUGCAAGUCGCUGAGCCCCGAGGAUGUCGUUCCUUUCCUCAAGGAGAGGCUGAGGUGGGUUGUCUCUAUUGGAGGCCACACCGAGGUUCCCCUCAAGGAGCUGCCCUCGCUCAAGGUAGGUAUCUCGUCCGCCGAGGUUGAGUACCCCGAGGACGAGACCAUGCUCCCCACCGUCGGAGAGUUCUUGACCCAUUACGAUGUCACCGAGCACAAGAAGUGCGGUUUCACCCUUGCAGACGAGGACCUCGUCGACUCGACCCCGGCCAAGCCCAUCGCCGAUGCCGUCGUCUCGCUCCUCCCCACCUACAUCCGCCCCAAGCCUACGUUCGUGCCUGAGGUCCCGACCUACCCCAUCUACACUCCCGAGCCCACCUACGCGCCUGAGGAGCCCGUCGAGGAGCCCACUUCCGUCCCGACCUACGAGGAGCCCACUUCCGUCCCGACCUACGAGGAGCCCACUUCCGCUCCCGUCUACGAGGAGCCGACUUCCGUCCCGGUGUACGAGGCGCCCGCGCCCAGCGUUCCCGUGUACGAGGAGCCCAAGACGUCCGCCACAGUCGGCGUCCCCGUCUACGGCGAGCCCGCGACCACCUACGCGCCGGUCCCGGUCCCUACGUCGACCAAGGUCUACAACGGCGUGACCACCGUCGUCGUCAAGAGCUACACCACUGUCUGCCCGGCCACGUGUGAAAUGCCCGUCACCACGGCCUUCACCUCCAUCUACCCCGAUGAGCCCCUGCCCACCUACAGUGUGUACUAAAUGUCUCCGCGCGUCUGUCUCACGAAACGAAAAAGGCUUUUUUUUAGAAGGGAUAAAGCAAGCAGAGAGGGGGAAAUGGGGACUUAACAGUAAUACCUAAUCGCCGCCGCAUUUUGGAAUCGUUUAUUUUCUUUUUCUUUUCAUAUCUUUUCGCCUUUUCCUUUCUUGUUCAGUCAUUCAUUUAUCGGAGGUGUGUGUGUGAGUUUUAUUUCAUCCACGUUUUUUUGGACAAAAGGGGAUGAUCUAGGUAUGAUGUCUAUGGAGACGGGAAGAGGGGGGGGGAAAUGGUUGAGUGUGGAGGUGAGGGGGAUGUGGUUUUGGUUCUCUUCCAAGU